AUGACAAGAAAGGCAGUAAAAGGAAGUGUGAUAGCUGAUUUUCUGGCUAAAAACCCAAUCGAUGAUUAUGAGGCCCUAGAUUUUGAAUUCCUAGACGAAUAUAUUAAUGCAGCAGGCGAUGAUGCUAAGGGUCCAGAUGAUGUGUGGGAAAUGUAUUUUGAUGGAGCGGUCAAUUUAGUCGGUAAUGGGAUCGAAGCAGUGCUGGUUGCCCCAGAUGGGAAACAUUUCCCAAUAGCUGUUAAGUUGAGGUUCGGCUGCACUAAUAAUGUAGCAGAGUAUGAAGCCUUCAUGAGUGGCUUACAAGCUGCCAUUGAAAUGAAGAUAAAGAAAUUAGAGGUGUAUGGGGAUUUAGCUCCAAUCAUUUACCAAGUCAAAGGGGAAUGGCAAACUAAAGAUUUGAAACUGAUCCCGUAUCAAAAAUAUCUCCUUGAACUAAUUAAGGAAUUUAAAGAGAUUUCUUUCACUCACCAAAGCCGAGUGGGAUUUUGA